AACUAAUAUAUAUAAUCAGAAAGAAAAUGGCCGACUGCUGGGAUGACGUGAUGGCCGGGCCUCACCCUUCAGGUGCCCUUGGCAAGCUGCGAAAGACUCUUUCCCUCAACAUUGAUCAUGGUGGGGUGGGGGAAGGAUCCAGCAGCAUAUACCAAAAGGGGGCGAUGUCGGGCAGCCCUGUUGGUCCGACGACACCAACUACACCAUCCCCAACGGCAUCGCGUAAAGACAACGUGUGGAGGAGCGUUUUCCACCCCGGCAGCAACCUCGCUACGAAGUCCAUUGGUGCUGAUGUCUUCGACAAGCCUAAGAAUUCCAACUCUCCCACUGUUUAUGAUUGGCUUUAUAGUGGGGACUCACGAUCACAACAUCGCUGAAUUGAUGAAGAGAGGAUAUUAGAGGUCAAAUUUAAUUGUUUAGGUUGAUGCUUGCGCGAAUACCUGCACUUGAUCUUGCACGCAUGAUUAUUUUCUGCAGCAUAGACUUGAUUUGUGCUCUGUCAUUCCAUUUUAUUUACUAAAUUAAAUAAUAGUUGCUCAUGAACUGUCGAACUUGAUACUUAUUUGGGAUAUGUGAUUUGGACUUGUUUGCCUCGUAUUUGCCACAUGUACCUUAAUUUUGGAGAUUAUUUAUGUCAUCCCUUUAAUCAUAUUAUAUUAAUACUA